CAGGAAGUGAUGUGGAGUCGUCAGACUCCGUGAAAACAACAACAUCACAGAAGGUUUUAGCUGCUACAUCCCGCUAAAACGCCAGAAAUUUUAGCUGCUAAAUCCCGCUGAAGCACCCGAGACUAUACCUGCUUCAUCCUGCUGACACACCCGAGACUUUACCUGCUUCAUCCCGCUGACACACCGGCCUCCUCCCCGGUGUUUCUCCGGCGGAGGGCGAGCAGCAGCGGGCAGAGAUGUGGAUCCAGCCGGAGGAGGUGCUGCUGGCCGGAGCUCUGUGGGUGUCCGAGCGGGCCAACCCGUUCUUCAUCCUGCAGAGGAGACGGGGCCACGGCCGCGGAGGGGGGCUCUCUGGUCUUCUAGUUGGGACUCUGGAUGUGGUUCUGGACUCCAGUGCCAGAGUGGCCCCAUACAGGAUCCUGCUGCAGACUGCAGACUCUCAGAUAUACUGGAACAUUGCCUGUGGCUCAUCCAGAAAGGAGAUCACUGAGCACUGGGAUUGGCUUGAGUCCAACCUGCUGCAGACCAUCUCCAUCUUCGACAACGAUGAAGACGUCACCACCUUCGUCAAAGGAAAGAUCUGUGGCAUCAUCGCAGAGGAGAACCGUUUGAAGCCAAGCGACGAGCAGGAAGAGGACAGCGGGAAGUUUCGGGAGGCAGAGCUGAAGAUGAGGAGGCUGUUUGGGAUGCCUGAUGAGGAGAAGCUGGUGAAUUAUUACUCGUGCAGCUACUGGAAGGGCCGAGUGCCGCGGCAAGGCUGGCUCUACCUGUCCGUCAACCACCUGUGCUUCUACUCCUUCCUGCUGGGCAAGGAGGUGACCCUGGUGGUGCCGUGGACCGAGGUGACCCAGCUGGAGAAGAACGCCACUCUGCUGUUUCCAGAGAGCGUCCGUGUGAGCACCCGUCACACCGAACAUUUCUUCUCCAUGUUCCUCAACAUCAAUGACACCUUCAAGCUGAUGGAGCAACUCGCCAACAUCGCCAUGCGUCAGCUGCUUGACAACGAGGCGUUCGCCGCUGACCGCUCGCUGCCCAAACCCUGCAAGACCCUGAAGAACGUCUCUGUGCUGAAGAGGGAUUUGGACGCCCGGGCGAAGAACGAGAGGUACCGGGCGAUGUUCCGGCUGACGCAGGACGAGCGGCUGGACGGACACACAGACUGCACACUGUGGACGCCGUUUGCCAAGAUGCACGUGGUCGGGCAGCUGUUUAUCUCCAACAACUACAUCUGCUUCAACAGCAGAGAGGAAGACCUGUGUCAGCUCAUCAUUCCUCUGAGAGAGGUGUCCAUUGUGGAGAAGGCGGAUAGCAGUAGCGUUCUGCCAUGCCCGGUCUCCAUCAGCACCAAGAACAAGAUGACCUUUCUAUUCGCCAACCUCAAAGACAGAGACUUCCUGGUCCAACGUAUUUCUGACUUCCUGCAGCGGACACCCGACAGCUUGUGGGGCGAUACCAGCCCGCUGUCUCUGAUUGGACAGUCGGCGUCCUCCAGUGUCCCCUCGUCCUCAUCUGUAGGAUCGGAGUCCAUCCAGAAGGGGCGUCAUUACCAUCCCGGUCUGCCUACAGCCAGCCAGGGUUUACUGCAGCUGUAUCACCAAGAUGCUCUGGAGGACCUAGGACCCAAAGCUAUGAAGGAAAAGAUGAAAGAGGAAGCAUGGAACAUCCAUUUCUCAGAGUUUGGUCGAGGUGUCUGCAUGUACAGAACCUCCAGAACCAGGGAACUGGUCCUGAACGGAAUCCCUGAAUGUCUGAGAGGAGAGCUAUGGCUGCUGUUCUCAGGAGCACAGAACGAGAUGGCGUCCCACCCUGGGUACUAUGGCGACCUGGUGGAGCAGGCCAUGGGACUGUGUUCAUUAGCUACAGAGGAGAUAGAACGUGACCUCCACCGCUCCAUGCCUGAGCACAGAGCCUUCCAGAAUGAGAUGGGCAUCGCUGCUCUUCGCCGCGUCCUCACCGCCUACGCCCACCGCAACCCAGGCAUCGGAUACUGCCAGGCGAUGAACAUCGUCACCUCCGUCCUGCUGCUCUACUGCACUGAGGAAGAGGCCUUCUGGUUGCUGGUGGCACUGUGUGAGCGCAUGCUGCCCGACUACUACAACACCAGGGUGGUAGGAGCUCUGGUGGAUCAGGGGGUGUUUGAGGAGCUGACUCGGGCCUUCCUCCCCCUGCUAUAUGAACACAUGCAGGAGCUGGGAGUCAUCUCCACCAUCAGCCUGUCCUGGUUCCUCACCCUCUUUCUGUCUGUGAUGCCCUUCGACAGCGCCGUCCUAUUGGUCGACUGCUUCUUCUAUGAGGGCAUCAAGGUCACCUUCCAGGUGGCGCUGGCUGUCCUCCAUGACAACAUGGAUGCUCUGCUGUCCUGCAGCGAUGAGGGAGAAGCCAUGACCAUCCUGGGCAGGUACCUGGACAAUGUUGUAAACAAACAGACGGUGGCUCCACCCAUCCCUCACCUGCACGCCCUGCUGACGAGCGGAGACGAACCCCCACCUGAGAUUGAUGUCUUCGACCUGAUUAAGUCGUCUUAUGAGAAGUUUGGCAGCCUGCGCUCUGAUGUCAUUGAGCAGAUGAGAUUCAGGCAGAGGUUGAAAGUCAUCCAGUCUUUGGAGGACACAGCCAAGAGGAGUGUGGUGAGAGCGAUGAUGACGGAGUCAGCCUUCAGUAUUGAGGAGCUGGAGGAUCUCUACUGUCUCUUUAAGUCCAAACACAUGACGAGUUGUUACUGGGGCUCCAGCAGCUCUGCGGCGGAGCGUCAUGAUCCCAGCCUGCCGUAUUUAGAGCAGUACCGCAUCGACCCGGUCCAGUUUGCUCAGCUGUUUUCUGCACUCGCUCCCUGGACCUGUGGAGGCCACACCUCCAUGCUGUCAGCCCGCCUCUUCAGACUGCUGGACCAGAACCAGGACGGGCUGGUCAACUUCAAGGAGUUCAUCACCGGCCUCAGUGGGAUGUAUCAUGGUGACAUGACAGAGAAACUCAAGCUGCUGUACAAGCUCCACCUCCCUCCAGCUCUAUGCCCUGAGGAGGCAGAGUCUGCUCUGGAGGCCACACACUUCUUCACUGAGGAUGAAGCACGAGAAUCUUCCUUCCUGUCUGAUCUGGACACUUUGCAGCAGCAGGAAGUGACACCAGGUGAGGAUGAGAAAGAGGAAGGAGACGGUGAGGAGAAGAGAGAGGUGAAAGACUACAGGUACUACCUGAGGAUGUGGGCCAAAGAGAAGGAGCCCAAGAGAGAGACCAUCAAAGAUCUGCCCAGGAUGAACCAGGAGCAGUUCAUCGAGCUGUGUAAGACUCUGUACAACAUGUUCAGUGAGGAGCCCAUGGAGCAGCAGCUCUACCACUCCAUCGCCACCGUGGCCAGCCUGCUGCUGCGCAUCGGAGAGGUCGGCAAGAAGUUCAACAACGGCGCCAAGAAAGCUGAGACUGCCGCUCAGGCCCCGCCCAGCAGCCUUCAGAAAGAGGAGAGGCCUGGUGAGGGCGUGUCAGAUGAGUCUCAGGUGUGCCAGGCUUUGGCCGACGCCCAGCUGGAGCCGGCCGCUCCACAGACGCCUGACGACGAUAUCAAAGACGACACCUCUGUGUCAUCAUACUCGGUGGUGAGCUCCGGCUCGCUGCAGUGUGAGGACAUCGCCGAUGACACUGUGCUGAUUGGCGGCAGCGAGCAGAGGCGUGGCAGCGUGCUGGAUGUCGACUGGUCGAUCACCUUCGAGCAGGUUCUGGCGUCACUGCUGACCGAGCCGCCGCUCGUUGACUAUUUUGAGACAAAGAGGGACAUCCAGGCCAAGAUGGCCGCCUGUAAGGCUCAACGAGCAGUGGAGCGUCAAACGAGCUCCACUUCUGAUCACGAACUCACCCAGCAUUCCACCUGAUCACCUGACUCACCUGUACCCGGCUCAUCUGAUCACCUGACUCACCUGUACCCGGCUCAUCUGAUCACCUGACUCACCUGUACCCGGCUCAUCUGAUCACCUGACUCACCUGUACCCGGCUCAUCUGAUCACCUGACUCACCUGUACCCGGCUCAUCUGAUCACCUGCCUCACCUGUACCCGGCUCAUCUGAUCACCUGACUCACCUGUACCUGGGUCAUCUGAUCACCUGAUUCACAUGUCCUCCUGUUUGUUUUCAGCCUCUGCUCAGGUGAGCGGGGACCAACACAGAACUGAUUUUAAAGUCAUCAGCUGAUCAGAUAAUGUGAUUUGUGAAAUUCUGAAUGGAUUAUCCCUGAUGAUGUCACCCUGACAGUGACUGUGAGUGGCUGUUCUGGAGUAAAGGAAACACAUCACCAUUCUGAAUAUUAUGAAGUCACCAACUAAACUUUUGAAGUCACACACUAACCUGUGAAUUCACAGAUUAAUAUGUGAUGUCACAGAACAACCCUUGACAUCACAGGCCAACUCAUGACAUCGCAAACAGUCUGACGCCUUCAGCUUUUUAAUCAACUUUACUGUCGUUAAACGUUGUCAUGUUUUAAUUUUUAGAUUUUCUUAAUGAGCUUUCAGUUGAGAGGAGACACUGAUCUAAUGAAUCUGAUGACUGACCAGGAGUCAUGGCACCGUAGAUCUGAUAACACUCAACACCUGCUGCAGGUGUUUGACAGGAAAAAGCUUCUCUAGGAGGAGGUUUUGCAUCAGAUCAAUACACAGGGAAUCUUUAAUCUGACAUGACCAAACAUUGAAGGUCCCAUGUGGUGGAUAUCCACUUUUCUUGUGUUUUGCAAUUAUUAACAGUAAAAGCUGUUCAGAAAUGAAGACGUUUACUUCUGCAGCCCCCCCAAACACAUAAUUAGCAUCCCAGCUUUAGAAACCAGUAGGAAUCUGACCUAAGUGCUACCUCACAGCUAACUAACCAAUAGCGGUCCAGCUUUCUAUAGCCCCGCCUCACUGCUUCCAGGUGAUCCAGUCAGAAUGAGCAGCUGCCGUAGUCACUACAGUAAUAGGAGAAUCUUCAGUGUUAGCCAGCUGUGCUGUUUAUGUGGCUGUCAAUAGCAUUAGUCACACAAAGUAAGAAAAUCCUAUCUUAUUUGGCAGGUUACGCAGCUAAUGUGGAUAACUGAAGCUCUGGUGGUCUGCCCACAUUUCAGAUCUCUGUGGAAACUGUGAUACUAAGGGACAUUCAGAGAUGGUGGAAACUAAGUUAAACCAGUAAACAAGGACUAGGUGGGUUACUGUGUUUUCAUGUCACCUGUUGAGCUUCAGUUCAACUUAAACUCAGCUGCUGUUCACAUGUUAGCUUCUGUCCUGCUCUCUGUGCUCACAUAAACUGCAUUUUAAUACAGAUGAAGGAUUUUUCUGUUUCUGUUGUCAGACAGCAGAACAAGUAUAAAACAGACACUGAAUCGCAGAGCAUUAAGACUUCAUGUUAACCAGUAGUCACUUUGUUUCUCUGCAGCUAAAAUACAGAUUUUAUUCACACAGGAGUUAAAAAUAACAGCUGCACUGAGAAUUCACCGAUAUUUCUACAUAAAUGAUCCUCAGACAGAAACUCAGAAGAUAGAAAGUCCUGCUCUGUCUCACUCAUUAAUCUGUAAAUCAAACAGGGAGAGUCUUCUUCCUGAAGGGAGGCGGGGCCAACAGCCUGUUUAGAGCAGGACUAAAACCAGGAGUUACACAGUCUUGAAGAAAUCAGCCAUUUCUGAGCUGAAACACUGACAGAUUCAUUUUGAGGACAUUUUAAUCUGAUGGAAACAGGAUCAAUACAGGAGCUUGAACUGAUCAGUGCUGAUUCGUUGAUCUGUUCCCGAGUCUCUGCAGAACCAAACGGACUAACAAGCAGACGUACCAUCCAAUGACACACCAGAAACACUUCAGACGUGAAGUUCAGUAACAGAGUAAAGACAUUAAAACCGUUUAGUGACAUCAGCACAGCAACAGACUGUAAAUACUGUAUGUUUAUUUACACAAACGCUCUCACUGGUUUUAAGAGAUUCACAGUUCAAUGAAAAUGAGCUAAACGUGUUCAGUGUUAACAUUUGUUCAGGUGAGGUCACCUGAAGCCUUGUUUGUUUUCCUGUUGCCUGCUUCUGAUGACAUCACACCUGUUUAUUCCUGCCUGUUGACGAUGAUGACACUGUGUUUAUUCACCAACCUGCUUUUAAAUCCAUCAUAUUGAUCAGUUAUUGUACUCUGUUGUUCUAAUAAAUCCUGAAUGAAAUGAC